AAAAAAACCAUAACCUAACGACUUCCACUUCUUGUUCCAUCCCUGUUACGAUGCUCCGUCGCCUCUUCCUCCUCUCCCCCAUAAACCGCUCCCUUAAUCUAACUUCUCCGUCUCUGACUCGCCUCUCUCUCUCUUCCUCUUCCUCUUCACUCCCAUCUCCUCCCCCAACCUCCCCCUCCCGUCUUCGAACCCGCACCCCACUCGAAACCCAAUUCGAAACAUGGAUCCACAAUCUAAAACCAGGCUUCACCCCCUCCGACGUCACAACCGCCUUACGCUCCCAAUCCGACCCAGAUCUCGCUUACGACAUCUUCCGCUGGACAUCUCAGCAACGCGGCUACAAACACAACCACGAAACUUACCACACAAUCAUCAAACAAUCAAUCACCGGAAAACGUAACAAAUUCGCCGAAACGCUAAUCGAGGAAGUAAUCUCCGGCGCCUGCGAGAUGAGCGUCCCUCUCUACAACACCAUCAUCCGCUUCUGCUGCGGCCGUAAGUUCCUCUUCAAUCGCGCCUUCGAUGUCUACAACAAGAUGCUCCGGUCAGAGGGCUCGAGACCCGAUCUCGAAACGUAUACUUUACUUAUGAGCGCGUUGCUCAAGAGGUUUAAUAAAUUGAAUGUUUGUUAUGUUUAUCUCCACGCGGUUAGGUCGUUAGUUAAGCAGAUGAAGUCGAGCGGGGUGAUUCCGGAUACGUACGUGUUGAACAUGAUAAUCAAGGCUUACGCCAAGUGUCUUGAGGUUGAUGAGGCGAUGAGAGUGUUCCGUGAGAUGGGUUUGUACGGGUGCGAGGCGAAUGCGUAUACGUAUGGCUAUUUGGUAAAGGGGCUUUGUGAGAAAGGGAGGGUGGGAGAAGGGUUUGGGUUUUAUGAGGAGAUGAAGGGGAAAGGGAUGGUUGCGAGUGGGAGUUGUUGUAUGGUUUUGGUUUGUAGUCUUGCGAUGGAGAGGAGGGUGAGUGAGGCGGUGGAGGUUGUGUUUGAUAUGUUGGGGAGUUCUUUGUCUCCGGAUGUGUUGACUUAUAAUACGGUUUUGGGGGAGUUGUGUAGAGGAGGGAGGGGUGGAGAGGCUCUUGAGUUGCUUGAGGAGUGGAAGAAGAGAGAUCCGGUUAUGGGGGAGAGGAAUUAUAGGAAAUUGAUGGAUGAGGUGUAUUUUUUGAGUAAGGGAUGAUUGGGUUUUGUUUGUCUGAAGAGUCUUUUGCUCUUGUAAUUCUGGUAAAAUGAAAAUCUAGACCUCAGUAAUGUAUCUAAAUGUUAUGUUCUUUAGAUACAAUACAGGUUGAAGCGUAGUGACUAGAUAGACUAAAGAAGAGUCAGUGGCAGGAUAGGGUAGAGAUAUUCUUGCGGUUUCUAUUGAUAUUGGAGGAUUCAAGAUCAUGUUGUCUUGUAUGUUUUUAGAAUGAUGUAUGUGAAGAUGAACACUAUGGCUCUUUCUCCUUGAGAAUAAUAAUGGUUACUAUUUUACUCAAUGGUUGUAAAAUAUAUAGACACGGUACAGUGUAAUGAAUUUUGGAGAUAUCAAUGUUCAAGAAAUUAUUAGGGAGUAAUUAGACCUUUUG